CUCGCACAAGAGGUGGAAAACGCACUGAUUGUGAUAUCGACUUGAGGAUUAAUCUCGGAACAGAAACAACACAAUGAGGAUCACAAUUCUGGGUAUUGCACUGUGCCUGAUCUGCGCCGUGUCCGCCCGAUCGCACCACAAGGCAUCAAAGAAGAAGGAUUACGAGUACGACUACGGUGGAGAGGUUCAAUAUCAGACUGUGGGCGGGAAUACUGGUGGCCACGUGUCCUACUCCUCAGUAGCUGACAAUCAUGGAGCGUCCAGCAAAUCGGGAUACAGUGCAGGCAGCGGACUGAGAUCAAUUGCCCAGGGAUCAGCAGAUCAGGCCAACUCGGCUGUGGCGAAUCAACAUGCUGCAGCGAAGCAGGCAGCUUUUGUGGCCAAGAACACUUUGGCUCAGCAGGCAGUUCAGGCGUCUGCCACAGCGCAGGCCGCUUUGGCGGGAAAGCAGGUUUUGCUACAGGGACUGGAGCAGCAGAGCCUGGAGGCUCAUCAGGCGCUGGACAGUGAGAUUCAACAGUUGCAGCAGGCGAAGAGAUCAGCAAAGGCAGCGCAGCAGGCGGCGCAGCAAGCCCUGAAUCACGUUGCUGUGCUCACGGCUGCGCUUAACAAUGCCCAAACUACCUCUGAUCACACCCAGCAAUCUGCCAGUGAGGCUGCGGCUGAAUUGGCCUCGCAAACGGCAAUGGUGGGAGCCGCCAAGCAGCGCCUAGAGACUAUUGAGGAGCAGCUUCACGCCGCCAGGAUUGACUUCGAGGCGACUCAAGCCGCAGCCUCGAAGGCUGCCGCGUCCGCUCAAGAGGCUCAGAAUAACGCUGCCGAAGCAGCUAUCCACGCUCAAGUACACGCCCACGAUUCCAUCGGACACGGUUCCGAGACGGAGGAUCACAUCGAAGAUGUGGCCACAAAUCACAACUAUGGCGAGUUCACACCGUCUCAUCCGAGUAAGGAGGCCACGUCUUAUCAGCAACAGCAGCAGUACUUGGCCGGCUACUGA